CCCGGCGGGCGGAGCUCGCAGGCGUCCGCCGGUCCGGCAGGCGCUGGCCCCCGCGCCGAGCUCUGGGGCGGCGGUGGUAGGUGAGAUCUUCGGGCCGGAGAGGGCGGGCAGAAGGCGGCCUCUGGCCCCGGCCGGGUUCCGUGCUCGCCCGCCCGGGGAAGGACGCUGUCGCUGGGCCUGGGAGCGGCGUGAGGGCAGCCCCACCGCGACCCCGGGACCGCCGGGACUGGUCGCCGGCCUGCCGGUUGCGGGGCCGCAGCGAGAGCCCAGCGCCGGCGCGCCCCUUCUUCCCUCCCUCCCCGGUUCGUGCCCGAGCUCUGCUCGUACCCACUCCGGCAACUUCCGGACUCCCAGGAAGAGCUCUGCCAUCAAAGAAGACAACACAGGGCCAGGCCUCACCCAUGGACCCUUCUCAGGACCACCCGGCAGCACCAGCAGGGCUGCUCUCCUAAGGCACAGCGCGCCUGGGCACACCAUCCUUUGGUAGCAGCCAUGGUGCUUAGGAGGGGCAGGGGCAGCACCCAGUGGUGGUCUGGCCUGGGAGAGGGUGAUGGUUGCCCAGGUCUCCUAGGCAUGCUCAGGGCUGCCCUGCUGCUUCUCAGCCUGCCAUGUGGGGCCCAGGGAAUAGCCAGUGCCAAUCACAGCACAGCUCUGGGCGAUACCAUGCCACUGACAGGGGGCUGCUACUUGAGCAUUGGGGAUGGCUCUGUCAUGGAGUUUGAGUUCCCAGAGGACAGCGAGGGCAUCAUUGUGAUCUCAAGUCAGUACCCAGGCCAGGGUAACACAACAGGGCCCAGCCCCAUCCUGAGGGUCACCUCCCUUGACGCAGAGGUGCUGACCAUCAAGAAUGUGAGUGCCAUAACCUGGGGUGGUGGGGGCGGCUUUGUGGUGAGCAUCCACUCAGGCCUGCCUGGACUAGCCCCACUCCACAUCCAGCUUGUGGAUCCCCAUGAGGCCCCAUUUAUGCUGAUUGAGGAGCGGAGAGAUUUCUGCAUCAAGGUCUUGCCUGCUGAAGACACCCCUGCCACCCUUGGCACCGACCUAGUCCACUUCUCAGAGAACCCAAUACUCUAUUUGCUCCUGCCUCUUAUCUUUGUUAACAAGUGUACAUUUGGGUGCAAAGUGGAACUCGAGGUUCUGAAGGGGCUCCUGCAGAGCCCCCAGCCCAUGCUGCUGGGUCUCCUGGGCCAGUUUCUGGUCAUGCCCUUUUAUGCUUUCCUGAUGGCCAAGGUCUUCAUGCUGCCCAAGGCCCUGGCUCUGGGCCUCAUCAUCACCUGCUCGUCACCUGGCGGCGGGGGGAGCUACCUCUUCAGCCUCCUCCUUGGAGGGGAUGUCACCCUGGCCAUCUCCAUGACUUUCAUCUCAACAGUGGCUGCCACUGGUUUCCUGCCCCUGUCCUCAGCUAUCUACAGCCGUCUGCUCAGCAUUCAUGAAACACUCCACGUGCCCAUCUCCAAGAUCCUGGGGACCCUGCUGUUCAUCGCCAUCCCCAUAGCAGCAGGGGUGGUGAUCAAGUCCAAGCUCCCCAAGUUCUCCCAGCUGCUGCUGCAGGUCAUCAAGCCCUUCAGCUUUGUACUGCUCCUGGGUGGCCUCUUCCUGGCCUACCACAUGGGGGUCUUCAUCCUGGUGGGUGUCAGGCUGCCCAUUGUGGUGGUGGGCUUCACAGUGCCCCUGGUUGGCCUCCUGGUGGGCUACUGCCUGGCUGCAUGCCUGAAGUUGCCAGUGGCCCAGCGGCGGACAGUUAGCAUUGAGGUAGGGGUGCAGAACAGCCUGCUGGCCUUGGCCAUGUUACAGCUGUCUCUCCGCCGCCUUCAAGCUGACUAUGCCUCCCAGGCCCCCUUCAUUGUGGCAUUGAGUGGCACCUCAGAGAUGCUGGCCUUGGUCAUUGGCCACUUCAUCUAUAGCAGCCUGUGCCCAGUUCCCUGAGACCCCUGGGUCAAGCUUUUGCCACCCCUAGCCCCUACCCUCCCACCCACUGUCCCCACAGUUCUUGUGUACCAAAGGCCUUUAGUUCUCAUGCACUAUGCACUCAGAAAAAUUCAGGCUUAUUUUUUUUACUGGUUUUUUUAUUCUCCAGCUUUCAGUGCCAAAGAGGCCACACUGAGUUAGGUAGGUGGGUACUGCCCAGAAAAUACAUUUCAAUAAAAGAGAAGCAAGCUUG